AUGCUUCGGAUACCCUUACUACUACUAUUUUGUCUCUGGACAACUACAAUCCAUGCUCAAACUAUGUCCAAAACUAUAAUCGAUUUCUGCUCUCCCACCGAUCCAAGUUCGUGUGGUGUCGGUGGAAAAUGUGUGGAACUUUCAUUGGGAAAUCGUUGUGAAUGUCCGAAUGGAUUUAUGGGAAGACAGUGCCAGAGGCCAUGCCAAGAUGUUUACAAAAGUUGUGCUCGAUGGAAAUCCGAGGAACGAUGUCAUUGGACUCGUCCCAUUUCCCCAUUCUUUGCAGACAACUGUGCACUUUCUUGUGGUCAAUGCAGGAAUAACGGGAAACAACUGGCUCUGGCCUUACCACCAAUUCUCGACAAUAUCGAGUGGUUUGUCGGUAGAUGGGAGUCAAGAACAAGUGCUCCGUACAGAUUCCCUGAACCAAUGUCCGGUCCUUACAAGGAGAUUCUGGAUGUCCAAAUAUCCGAAGUACCCGCUUUCGACAGGCCGCCCGUCAAUAUUUCAAUUCGUGCGGAAAGUCUCGAUGGAACAGAUGUUCACGUGGAAUUCGGAUUUCUGACGUCGAAGCCAUUCCACGAGGAUACUGGAUUUGUUGAGUUGAACAAACCAGAUACUGGGGAUGAUUUGGUUUCAAUUGAGUUGGUUACUAACACUGGUCUCAUGUUAAUCGAAGAAGGCACAGUCCGUGGAACCCAAAUCCGUUUAGAGACCAAAUACAAAAAAGCGAUGCCAGGAGUAUUCAGAAAUGAAAUUGUCAAAUCGAAGAGAAUGUUCAAUUUGAUAAACCCGAAUUCUCUGGAGGAGAGAGUGGUUACUGUGGAUUCAAGAGGUGUCACAAGCAAGUGGUUGAAGAGAUACAAGAAAGUGUUCAACUACAUGACAGACCUGAUACCGACCCCAAUUGAGAAAAAGAAGAAGAAAUCGUUUUAA